GCCGGAGAGAUGAAAUGACCAUGGUAGGCCUGGUUCCUUCCAUCUCACCUCCUCGUUGGAAGGUUAGUUGACAGGUAGCGAGUGUUAGGUGUGGCAUAGGAGGCACCUUCAACUCACUCUGGAUACCUGUUUCCUUGACACCUGAUACCUGGUUCGAGCGCAUCAGCAUGUUAGUCAUUCUGCUCAACUGUGUGACUCUGGGUAUGUUCAGGCCGUGCGAGGACAUUGCCUGUGACUCUCAGCGCUGCCGGAUCUUGCAGGCCUUUGAUGACUUCAUCUUUGCCUUCUUUGCUGUGGAAAUGGUGGUGAAGAUGGUGGCCUUGGGCAUCUUUGGAAAGAAAUGUUACCUGGGAGACACUUGGAACCGGCUUGACUUUUUCAUCGUCAUUGCUGGGAUGCUGGAGUAUUCGCUGGACCUGCAGAACGUCAGCUUCUCCGCAGUCAGGACAGUCCGUGUGCUGAGACCGCUCAGGGCCAUUAACCGGGUGCCCAGCAUGCGUAUCCUCGUCACAUUAUUGCUGGACACGUUGCCUAUGUUGGGCAAUGUCCUGCUGCUCUGUUUCUUCGUCUUUUUCAUCUUUGGCAUCGUCGGUGUCCAGCUAUGGGCAGGGCUGCUUCGGAACCGAUGCUUCCUCCCUGAGAAUUUCAGCCUCCCCCUGAGCGUGGACCUGGAGCCUUACUAUCAGACAGAGAAUGAAGAUGAGAGUCCCUUCAUCUGCUCCCAGCCUAGGGAGAACGGCAUGCGGUCCUGUAGGAGCGUGCCCACACUGCGUGGGGAAGGUGGUGGUGGCCCACCCUGUGGUCUGGACUACGAGGCCUAUAACAGUUCCAGCAAUACCACCUGUGUCAACUGGAACCAAUACUACACCAACUGCUCUGCAGGCGAGCACAAUCCCUUCAAAGGCGCCAUCAACUUUGACAACAUCGGCUAUGCCUGGAUCGCCAUCUUCCAGGUCAUCACACUGGAGGGCUGGGUCGACAUAAUGUACUUUGUGAUGGAUGCUCAUUCCUUCUACAACUUCAUCUACUUCAUUCUCCUCAUCAUCGUGGGCUCCUUCUUCAUGAUCAACCUGUGCCUGGUGGUGAUUGCCACACAGUUCUCUGAGACCAAACAGCGGGAGAGUCAGCUGAUGCGGGAGCAGCGUGUGCGAUUCCUGUCCAACGCCAGCACCCUGGCAAGCUUCUCCGAGCCAGGCAGCUGCUAUGAGGAGCUGCUCAAGUACCUGGUGUACAUCCUCCGCAAAUCAGUCCGCAGGCUGGCCCAGGUCUCUAGGGCUGCAGGUGUGCGGGCUGGGUUGCUUAGCAGCCCGGUGGCCCAUGGUGGUCAGGAGUCCCAGCCCAGUGGCAGCUGCUCUCGCUCACACCGUCGUCUGUCUGUCCACCACCUCGUGCACCACCAUCACCACCAUCAUCACCACUACCACCUGGGUAAUGGGACGCUCAGAGUUCCCCGGGCCAGCCCAGAGAUCCAGGACAGGGAUACCAAUGGGUCUCGUCGGCUCAUGCUGCCACCACCCUCUACACCCACUCCCUCGGGGGGCCCUCCGAGGGGUGCAGAGUCUGUACACAGCUUCUACCAUGCUGACUGCCACUUGGAGCCAGUCCGUUGCCAGGCACCCCCUCCCAGGUCCCCAUCGGAGGCAUCUAGCAGGACUGUGGGUAGUGGGAAGGUGUACCCCACUGUGCACACCAGCCCUCCACCAGAGAUGCUGAAGGAUAAGGCACUAAUGGAGGUGGCCCCCAGUCCUGGGCCCCCCACCCUCACCAGCCUCAACAUCCCACCUGGGCCCUUCAGCUCCAUGCACAAGCUACUGGAGACACAGAGUACGGGAGCCUGCCAUAGCUCCUGCAAGAUCUCCAGCCCUUGCUCCAAGGCAGACAGUGGAGCCUGUGGGCCAGAUAGUUGCCCCUACUGUGCCCGGACUGGGGCAGGGGAGCCAGAGUCUGCUGACCAUGAAAUGCCUGACUCAGACAGUGAGGCUGUGUAUGAGUUCACACAGGACGCUCAGCACAGUGACCUCCGGGACCCCCACAGCCGGCGGCAGCGCAGCCUGGGCCCAGAUGCAGAGCCUAGUUCUGUGCUGGCUUUCUGGAGACUCAUCUGUGACACAUUCCGGAAGAUCGUAGAUAGCAAAUACUUUGGCCGGGGAAUCAUGAUCGCUAUCCUGGUCAAUACACUCAGCAUGGGCAUCGAGUACCACGAGCAGCCCGAGGAGCUCACCAACGCCCUGGAAAUCAGCAACAUCGUCUUCACCAGCCUCUUCGCCUUGGAGAUGCUGCUGAAGCUGCUCGUGUAUGGUCCCUUUGGCUACAUUAAGAAUCCCUACAACAUCUUCGAUGGUGUCAUUGUUGUCAUCAGUGUGUGGGAGAUUGUGGGCCAGCAGGGAGGUGGCCUGUCGGUGCUGCGGACCUUCCGCCUGAUGCGGGUGCUGAAGUUAGUACGCUUCCUGCCGGCACUACAGCGGCAGCUCGUGGUGCUCAUGAAGACCAUGGACAACGUGGCCACCUUCUGUAUGCUGCUCAUGCUCUUCAUCUUCAUCUUCAGCAUCCUGGGCAUGCAUCUCUUUGGUUGCAAGUUUGCAUCUGAACGGGAUGGGGACACGUUGCCAGACCGGAAGAAUUUUGAUUCCCUGCUCUGGGCCAUCGUCACUGUCUUUCAGAUUCUGACUCAGGAGGACUGGAAUAAAGUCCUCUACAAUGGCAUGGCCUCCACAUCGUCUUGGGCUGCCCUUUACUUCAUUGCCCUCAUGACAUUUGGCAACUACGUGCUCUUUAACCUGCUUGUCGCCAUCCUGGUGGAAGGCUUCCAGGCAGAGGGAGAUGCCACCAAGUCUGAGUCAGAGCCUGAUUUCUUUUCACCCAGCGUGGAUGGUGAUGGGGACAGGAAGAAGCGCUUGGCCUUGGUGGCCUUGGGAGAACACCCAGAGCUACGAAAGAGCCUUCUGCCACCCCUCAUCAUCCACACAGCUGCUACGCCAAUGUCACUGCCCAAGAGCUCCAGCACAGGUGUCGGGGAAGCACUGGGCCCAGGCUCUCGCCGCACCAGUAGCAGUGGGUCCGCUGAGCCCGGAGCUGCCCAUCAUGAAAUGAAGUCACCGCCAAGUGCCCGCAGCUCCCCACACAGUCCCUGGAGUGCAGCAAGCAGCUGGACCAGCAGGCGCUCCAGCCGAAACAGCUUGGGCCGGGCCCCCAGCCUAAAGCGCAGGAGCCCGAGUGGGGAGCGGAGGUCCCUGCUGUCAGGAGAGGGUCAGGAGAGCCAGGAUGAGGAGGACAGUUCGGAAGAGGAGCAGCGGGCCAGCCCAGCAGGCAGUGACCAUCGCCACAGGGGUUCCUUGGAUCGUGAAGCCAAGAGUUCUUUCGACCUGCCUGACACCCUGCAGGUGCCAGGGUUGCACCGCACAGCCAGUGGCCGAAGCUCUACCUCUGAGCACCAAGACUGCAAUGGCAAGUCAGCUUCAGGGCGUUUGGCCCGGGCCCUGGGGCCUGAUGACCCCCCACUGGAUGGGGAUGACGGUGAUGAUGAGGGCAACCUGAGCAAAGGGGAACGAAUACGAGCCUGGGUCAGAGCCCGGCUUCCUGCCUGUUGCCGAGAGCGAGAUUCCUGGUCUGCCUACAUCUUUCCUCCUCAGUCAAGGUUCCGCCUCCUGUGUCACCGGAUCAUCACCCACAAGAUGUUUGACCACGUGGUCCUGGUCAUCAUCUUCCUCAACUGUAUCACCAUUGCCAUGGAGCGCCCCAAAAUUGACCCCCACAGCGCUGAACGAAUCUUCCUAACGCUCUCCAAUUAUAUCUUCACUGCAGUCUUUCUGGCUGAAAUGACCGUGAAGGUGGUGGCUCUGGGCUGGUGCUUUGGGGAACAAGCCUACCUUCGAAGCAGCUGGAAUGUGUUGGAUGGCUUGCUGGUGCUCAUCUCUGUCAUCGACAUCCUGGUAUCCAUGGUCUCCGACAGUGGCACCAAGAUCCUUGGCAUGUUGAGGGUGCUGAGACUGCUGCGGACCCUACGUCCACUCAGGGUCAUCAGCCGGGCCCAGGGGCUGAAGCUGGUGGUAGAGACACUGAUGUCCUCUCUCAAGCCCAUUGGCAACAUUGUGGUCAUCUGCUGUGCCUUCUUCAUCAUUUUUGGCAUUCUUGGGGUGCAGCUCUUCAAAGGGAAGUUUUUCGUGUGUCAGGGAGAGGACACCAGGAACAUCACCAACAAAUCUGAUUGUGCUGAGGCCAGUUACCGAUGGGUCCGGCACAAGUACAACUUUGACAACCUGGGCCAGGCUCUGAUGUCCCUGUUUGUGCUGGCCUCCAAGGAUGGCUGGGUUGACAUCAUGUAUGAUGGGCUGGAUGCUGUGGGUGUGGACCAGCAGCCCAUCAUGAACCACAACCCCUGGAUGCUGCUGUACUUCAUCUCGUUCCUGCUCAUCGUGGCUUUCUUUGUCCUGAACAUGUUUGUGGGAGUGGUGGUGGAGAACUUCCACAAGUGCCGGCAGCACCAGGAGGAGGAGGAAGCCCGGCGCCGGGAGGAGAAGCGGCUACGGAGGCUGGAGAAAAAGAGAAGGAGUAAGGAGAAGCAGAUGGCCGAUCUAAUGUUGGACGAUGUAAUUGCUUCCGGCAGCUCAGCCAGCGCUGCGUCAGAAGCCCAGUGCAAGCCCUACUACUCAGACUACUCACGCUUCAGGCUUCUUGUCCACCACCUGUGUACCAGCCAUUAUUUGGACCUCUUCAUCACUGGUGUCAUCGGGCUGAAUGUGGUCACUAUGGCCAUGGAACAUUACCAGCAGCCCCAGAUCCUGGACGAGGCUCUGAAGAUCUGCAAUUACAUCUUCACCGUCAUCUUCGUCUUGGAGUCAGUUUUCAAACUUGUGGCCUUUGGCUUCCGCCGUUUCUUCCAGGACAGGUGGAACCAGCUGGACCUGGCUAUUGUGCUGCUGUCCAUCAUGGGCAUCACACUGGAGGAGAUUGAGGUCAAUGCUUCGCUGCCCAUAAACCCUACCAUCAUCCGUAUCAUGAGGGUGCUCCGCAUUGCCCGAGUGCUGAAGCUGCUGAAGAUGGCUGUGGGCAUGCGGGCGCUGCUGGACACCGUGAUGCAGGCCCUGCCCCAGGUGGGGAACCUGGGACUUCUCUUCAUGUUAUUGUUUUUCAUCUUUGCAGCUCUGGGCGUGGAGCUCUUUGGAGACCUGGAGUGUGAUGAGACGCACCCCUGUGAGGGCUUGGGCCGGCAUGCCACCUUUAGGAACUUUGGUAUGGCCUUUCUGACCCUCUUCCGAGUCUCCACUGGUGACAACUGGAAUGGCAUUAUGAAGGACACCCUCCGAGACUGUGACCAGGAGUCCACCUGCUACAACACAGUCAUCUCACCCAUCUACUUCGUGUCGUUCGUGCUCACGGCGCAGUUCGUGCUGGUCAACGUGGUCAUAGCUGUGCUGAUGAAGCACCUGGAAGAAAGCAACAAAGAGGCCAAGGAGGAGGCGGAGCUGGAGGCGGAGCUGGAGCUGGAGAUGAAGACGCUCAGCCCGCAGCCCCAUUCCCCGCUGGGCAGCCCCUUCCUCUGGCCUGGGGUAGAGGGUGCCAAUAGUCCUGGCAGCCCUAAGCCUGGGGCUCCACACACCACAGCCCACAUUGGAGCAGCCUCGGGCUUCUCCCUUGAGCACCCCACGGACAGACAGCUGUUUGACACCAUCUCCCUGCUGAUCCAGGGCUCCCUGGAGGGGGAGCUGAAGCUGAUGGACGAGCUGGCAGGCCCAGGGGGCCAGCCCUCUGCCUUCCCUUCCGCCCCCAGCCCGGGCGGCUCCGACCCACAGAUGGUACCCCACCCUGAGGAGGCGCCAGUCCCCCUGGGACCAGACCUGCUGACAGUGAGGAAGUCUGGUGUCAGCCGGACACACUCUCUGCCCAAUGACAGCUACAUGUGUCGCAAUGGGAGCACUGCUGAGAGAUCCCUAGGACACAGGGGCUGGGGGCUCCCCAAAGCCCAGUCAGGUUCCAUCUUGUCUGUUCACUCCCAACCAGCAGACACCAGCUGCAUCCUACAGCUGCCCAAAGAUGCACCCUAUCUGCUCCAGCCUCAUGGAGCCCCCACCUGGGGCGCCAUCCCUAAACUACCCCCACCAGGCCGCUCCCCUCUGGCUCAGAGGCCACUCAGGCGCCAGGCAGCAAUAAGGACUGACUCCCUGGAUGUACAGGGCCUGGGUAGCCGGGAAGACCUGCUGUCAGAGGUGAGUGGGCCCUCCUGCCCUCUGACCCGAUCCUCAUCCUUCUGGGGCGGGUCGAGCAUCCAGGUGCAGCAGCGGUCCAGCAGCCAGAGCAAGGUCUCCAAGCACAUCCGCCCGCCAGCCGCUUGCCCAGGCCUGGACCCCGGCUGGGCCAAGGAGCCUCCAGAGACCAGAAGCAGCUUAGAGUUGGACACGGAGCUGAGCUGGCUUUCAGGAGACCUCCUGCCCAGCAGCCAGGAGGAACCCCUGUCCCCACGGGACCUGAAGAAGUGCUACAGUGUAGAGGCGCAGAGCUGCCGGCGCAGGCCUGGGUCCUGGCUAGAUGAACAAAGGAGACACUCCAUUGCGGUCAGCUGCCUGGACAGUGGCUCCCACCCCCGCCUAUGUCCAAGCCCCUCAAGCCUGGGGGGCCAACCUCUUGGGGGCCCUGGGAGCCGGCCUAAGAAAAAACUCAGCCCACCCAGUAUCUCUAUAGACCCCCCGGAGAGCCAGGGCCCUCGGCCCCCAUGCAGUCCUGGUGUCUGCCUCAGGAGGAGGGCGCCAUCCAGUGACUCCAAGGAUCCCUCAGCCUCCGGCCCCCUUGACAGCACGGCUGCCUCACCCUCCCCAAAGAAAGACGCACUGAGUCUCUCUGGUUUGUCCUCUGACCCAACAGACCUGGACCCCUGAGUCCCACCCACUCUCCCUCUCACCUUUCUCUACUGGGUGCAGAUCCUAGCUCCGCCUCCUGGGCAGUGUUUCUGACAGGUCCCACGUACACUGGUACACAGCGAGGCGCUGCUCCUGCCUUUCUUAGUGGCUGGGUGAUCACAAGCAGGACUUCCAGAGAGUCUGGCACCACCGCCUCCGGGAAGAGAGGGAGAAGCCCAGUGUGGCCGAGGCUCCCGACACCAGGAGCUGUUGGGAGAAAGCAAUACGUUUGUGCAGAAUCUCUAUGUAUAUUCUAUUUUAUUAAAUUAAUUGAAUCUAGUA